AUGAGGUUUGAAAGUUUGGUGCAGGGUAGCAUGUCAGUCACAGAUUACGAGGCUCGGUUCUGUCAGUUGUCGACACAUGCCUCUACUUUGAUUUCGGGUGAGCCUGAGCGGAUUCGCAGAUUUGUCAGGGGUUUGACUCCCACUAUGCGUAGUUAUGUGUUUAGAUCAUCUCGAGAGGGUGCUUCUUUCCAGACUAUAGUGAGUGCAGCCAGAGAGGCUGAGUUGCUUGAGCGGGAUGAUUUUGGUGGGCCCAAUAGGGUCCAUACAGGUGGUCAGUAUUCGGGUACCUCGUCAGGAGGUAGGGGCCCACACAGGGGAGGCGGGUCCUUCCAGCGUCAGAGGCCAGUAUAUGCUUCAUUACCAGCUAUCGAGGAUGGGCCAGCAGUCCGGGGUCCUCCAGGUUCGGGUCGAGGUGGUUAUAGCAUUACUUCGGGUUCUUCACAGUCAGGAUCCACACCGAGGUCUUGUUAUGGGUGCGGUGAACCAGGCCAUUUGAUUCAUUGGUGUCCACAUCAGACUCAGUCUGGACCACACCGUACUGUCUCCGCGGUCUCAGAGAGAGAUUCAGCUCCUCCGGCUAAAGGUCGGGGUCGGGGACCGGCAUCUGGUAGAGGCGGACGAGCUUCGGGUAGAGGUGCUAGUGGAGCCUCAGGUUCACAGAGUGGGGGCAGAGGUGCCCAGUGUUAUGAUUUUCCUGGGAGGCCCGAGGCUGAGGCUUCUUAUGCAGUUAUCACAUGUAUCGUCUUAGUUUGUCAUCGGCCUGCUUCCGUGUUAUUUUAUCCUGGUUCUACAUUCUCAUAUGUUUCUACAUAUUUUGCUUUCGGCCUUGAGUUGACUUGUGAUCGUAUGUCUGUGCCUAUUAGAGUCUCUACACCCGUAGGUGAACCUUUAGUGGUGAAUCGAGUAUAUCGAUCUUGUCUUGUUAUCUUAUCGGGGUAUGAAACUUGGGUGGAUAUGGUUCUUCUUGAUAUGUUAGACUUUGAUGUCAUAUUGGGUAUGGACUGGCUUUCCCCCUAUCAUGCGCUUCUUGAUUGUUAUGCUAAGACUGUCACCUUAGCUAUUCCGGGUAUUCCUAGAGUGGAGUGGAGAUGGACUAGUUGUUCAUAUCCCAACAGGGUCAUAUCUCAUAUUCGGGCUCAGAGGAUGAUUGACCGGGGUUGUUUAUCUUAUUUGGCCUUUAUUCGGGAUGUUGGAGCUGAGUCACCGGCCAUGGAGUCUAUUCCGGUGGUUCAGGAGUUCCCUGAUGUGUUUCCCGAGGAUCUACCUGGUGUUCCUCCUGUUCGUGAUAUUGAAUUCUCUAUUGACUUAGAGCCGGGCACCAAGCCCAUAUCUAUUCCACGUUAUCGUAUGGCUCCAACUGAGUUGAAGGAGUUGAAGGAUCAGAUUCAGGACUUAUUGAGUAAAGGAUUCAUACGCCCUAGUGUGUCGCCUUGGGGUGCACCGUUGAACAAGGUAACGGUGAAGAACAAGUAUCCCCUUCCCCGUAUUGAGGACUUGUUUGAUCAGCUUCAGGGGGCAGCCUUGUUCUCUAAGAUCGACUUGAGAUCUGGGUGUCAUCAGUUGAGGAUUAAGCCUUCAGAUGUGGCGAAGACAGCUUUACGCACACGAUAUGGUCAUUAUGAGUUUUUGGUGAUGUCAUUUGGGCGCACCAAUGCCCCUGCGACGUUCAUGGAGUUGAUGAAUGGAGUGUUUCGCCCAUACUUGGAUUCCUUCGUGAUUGAGUUUAUUGAUGACAUAUUGGUAUAUUCCAAGAACGAGACGGAUCAUGUUUGUCAUUUGAGGGCUGUGCUACAGAAGUUGAGAGAUGAGAAGUUGUAUGCUAAAUUGUCUAAGUGUGAGUUUUGGCUUGAGUCAAUGGCUUUCCUAGGGCACGUGGUGUCUAAGGAUGGAGUUAGGGUUGAUCCAGAUAAGAUUGAGGCGGUUCAGGGUUGGACUAGACCUACAUCAUCUACCAAGAUUCGGAGUUUUGUUGGCUUUGCGGGUUACUAUCGGCGUUUUGUUCAGGGAUUCUCUACUAUAGCUGCGCCGUUGACCAGAUUGACUCAGCAGACGGUUCAUUUUCAUUGGUCACCCGAGUGUGAGGCGAGCUUCCAAAGGCUCAAAUCCCUAUUGACUUCAGCACCUGUCUUGACUUUGCCAGAUGAGGGUGUUGGAUUUACUGUUUAUUGUGAUGCUUCGGGUGUUGGACUUGGAGAUGUUUUGAUGCCGAACGGUAAGGUUGUAGCCUUUGCCUCUAGACAGCUGAAGGCACACAAGAGGAAUUACCCCACUCAUGAUUUGGAGUUAGCGGCUGUGGUAUUUGUGCUUAAGUUGUGGAGACAUUACCUAUAUGGUGUUCAUUGCGAAGUAUUUACUGAUCAUAGGAGCAUACAAUACAUAUUCACUCAGCGGGAUUGUAAUGACCCNAUUUGUGCUUAA